CGUCUUCUCAGAUCCGUUUCUCUUCCUCUACUCAGAGUUGGAGAAAACAGAUAGCUGCCGGCGAUCGGCAUGGCCACCGCCGUUAGGUUGUUGGUUCUUUUUCUACUCUUCCUAUCGUCUCCGAACCCUAUCCUUUCUCUCUAUGAAGAUCAAGUAGGCCUUAUGGAUUGGCAUCAACAAUAUAUUGGAAAAGUGAGGCACGCAGUGUUUCACACUCAAAAGACCGGCCGAAAGCGUGUGGUGGUAUACACCGAGGAGAACGUUCUGGCUUCACUUGAUCUUCGCCAUGGCGAGAUUUUUUGGAGACGUGUUCUUGGCACCAAUGAUGCUAUUGAUGGAAUUGAUAUUGCCCUUGGAAAAUACGUCAUCACUCUUUCAUCUGGAGGAAGUAUUUUAAGAGCAUGGAACCUUCCCAAUGGGCAGAUGGUUUGGGAAUCUUCACUUCAGGGUCCAAAGCACUCAAAGGCACUACUAUCAGUGGAGAAAGGUUCAAAAUCCAAGAAGUAUAACAUAGUCAUCGUUCUCAGUAGAGGCUGUCUCCAUGCUGUUUCAAGUAUAGAUGGUGAGGUUCUUUGGAAGAAGGACUUUGAUGCUCAAAGCCUGGAGAUUCAGCAGGUUAUUCAGCUUCCUGGAAGUGAUUUUCUAUAUGUGGUAGGAUUUUCUGGUUCCUCUCUGUUUGAGGUGUAUCAAAUAAAUGCAAAAAAUGGAGAGAUGCUGAAGCAUGAAAUUGCAUCCUUUUCUGGUGAUUUUUCUGGGGAACUUUCAUUAGUUUCAAGUGAGAUGCUAGUAGCUCUUGAUGCCACCGGUUCAAGUUUGAUAACAAUAAGCUUCCACAGUGAACAAAUCAGUUUUCAACAGGCAUACAUUUCACAUCUUGUUGAGGGAUUUUCAGGGCCAGCAAUGAUGCUACCUUCACCAGUCACAGGAAUAUUUGCUGUUAAAAUCAAUACAGUUACAGUUUUUAUUGAAGUUACAGACAAGGGCAAGUUGGAGGUAUUGGACAAAACUGAACAACCAACAGUUAUUAGUGAUGCUCUCUCAUUCUCAGAGACCCAACAGGCAUUUGCACUAGUGCAACAUGAAGGCAAUAAGAUUCAUUUCAUAGUGAAGCUGGCUGAUAAUUGGGGUAGCAAUUUGCUUAAAGAAACCAUUGAACUGGACCAGCAAAGAGGGCUUGUUCAUAAGGUUUUCAUACACAACUAUAUCCGAACAGAUAGGUCUCAUGGAUUUCGAGCUUUGGUUGUCAUGGAAGAUCAUUCAUUAUUAUUAUUACAACAAGGUGCAGUUGUAUGGAGUAGAGAAGAUGGCUUGGCCUCAAUAGUUGAUGUUACUACUUCAGAACUCCCUGUAUAUAAGGAAGGUGCACUGGUUGCAAAAGUGGAGCAUAACCUAUUUGAAUGGCUUAAGGGACACUGGUUGAAGCUGAAGGGAACAUUAAUGCUUGCAAGUCCUGAGGAUGUUGCAGCCAUUCAAAGAAUUAGGUUGAAAAGCUCUGAGAAGAGCAAGAUGACCCGUGACCACAAUGGUUUUCGAAAGUUUCUCAUAGUACUAACAAGAGGAGGGAAACUUUUUGCUCUGCACACUGGAGAUGGGCAGAUUGUCUGGUCAGUCUUACUCCACUCACUCCGUUACUCAGAUAGAUGUCAGCAUCCAAUGGGGGUAAAUUUGUACCAGUGGCAGGUGCCUCAUCAUCGUGCUAUGGAUGAAAAUCCAUCUGUUCUUAUAGUUGGCAGGUGUGGUCAGAGAUCAGAUGCUCAAGGUGUUAUUUCAUUUGUUGAUACUUACACUGGGAGGGAGCUUAGAUCUUUUGGUCUUGUUCAUUCCAUUGCACAAGUUAUUCCACUGCCAUUUACAGAUUCAACUGAACAGUGUCUGCAUUUGAUAAUUGAUGCUGACAAACAUGCCCAUUUAUACCCAAAAACUCCGGAGGCUGUUGGUAUUUUCCAAAGUGAGUUGUCAAAAGUGUACUGGUACUCAGUUGAGGCUGAUAAUGGCAUUAUCAGGGGGUAUGGUUUGAAGAGUGGAUGCGUUGGCAAAGAGGCUGGUGAAGACUGCUUUGAUACCCGGGAGUUAUGGUCAGUUGUAUUCCCCUCAGAAUCAGAAAAGAUCAUUGCAACUGUGACAAGAAAACCAAAUGAGGUUGUUCAUACUCAAGCAAAGGUCGUAGCAGACCAGGAUGUGAUGUAUAAAUAUCUAUCAAAGAACCUACUCUUUGUGGCAACUGUUGCACCAAAAGCUAGUGGUGAAAUUGGAUCUGCUACCCUGGAGGAAUCAUGGUUGAUUGUAUACCUUAUUGAUACUGUAACUGGUCGCAUAUUGCACCGCAUGAGUCAUCAUGGUUCACACGGUCCUGUACAUGCUGUUUUUAGUGAAAACUGGGUUGUCUACCACUACUUCAAUCUUAGAGCCCACAGAUAUGAGAUGUCAGUCAUUGAAAUUUAUGACCAGUCUCGAGCGGAAAACAAAGAUGUUUGGAAGCUUGUUCUCGGAAAACAUAAUCUUACUUUGCCCAUUUCUUUGUAUUCUCGAGCAGAAGCUAUGACUAAAUCACAAUCUUACUUCAUUACCCAUUCUGUGAAAACAAUGGCUGUGACGCUGACAGCCAAGGGUAUUACUUCAAAGCAGCUUCUCAUUGGUACAAUUGGUGAUCAGGUUUUAGCACUUGAUAAGCGUUUUCUUGAUCCUCGUCGAACAGUCAACCCUUCACAAGCAGAGAGAGAGGAGGGAAUUAUACCGCUUACUGAUACACUGCCAAUCAUUCCUCAGUCCUACAUCACACACGCUCUUAAAGUGGAAGGUCUUCGGGAAAUAGUAAUAGUGCCUGCUAAGCUUGAAUCGACGACCCUUGUCUUUGCACAUGGAGUGGAUCUCUUCUUUACUCGUCUGGCGCCUUCAAAGACAUACGAUUCACUUACAGAGGACUUCAGUUAUGCCCUUCUUCUCCUCACAAUCGUUGCACUCGUAGCAGCAAUCUUUGUAACAUGGGUAUUAUCGGAGAGGAAAGACCUACAAGAGAAGUGGAGAUGAUUUGAGUAAUAAGUCUCUUCUUAAUACCUGUCGUCUACUAACAAUUUUGUUAACGUUGUAACUGCAGGUUUUAAAUUAGAUUAGGGAAAGAAACUCUUCCCCUCUAAAUCUAAUAAGCCUCUGUAGUUUAGCUUCGUUUAAUGGCAUUUUUUGUUUUUUUUUUUUUGUUUUGAAUAAGUUGUCAAGAGACUGGUUUCCAAAAGAAAAAUGCACCUCAAGGUUGAAUGUCAGUUGACCGAAAAUGUCAGGUGCUAAUGGCAUUUUUUGUUUUUAACUUUUUGAUAUUGGGAAUUUGGAAUAUCCACGUUUCUCAUUAGUAAUUGUAAUUCCAGUGAAUAUACUCCAUCGUGAAAGUGAACUGUUCUUGGGUCCAAUUCACCACAGUAAAAGACAAUAGAACGUGAAGGUUGCU